AUGCACUCACAUGGCAUGUUCAGACUGCUUCCUUGGCCCUCUGCUAUAGGGAAUAAGGUGGAAGAGGUCAAAAUGUUGGCCCCAAAUAAUACAGAUAUCAAUACUCUGUUGCCGGUCAAACGCAAACGUUCCGAUUCCGACGCGACCGAUGCGCCCGCGGCGAAAGUCCGUAUGGAAUCGAUUUCUACGCGCCCAACGACACAGAUCGCUGAAUCGGUCCUUCCCCCUUCUACUCCAACUAUCUCGUCAAACGGCAUAGAUCUCAAUCCUUUGUUGCCGCUCGAGCGAAAACAUUCCGAUUCCGACGCGACCGAGGCGCCCGCGACGAAAGUCUGCGUGGAAUCGGUUUCUACAUGCCCAACCCUGAUCGCUGAAUCGGUUCUUCCCCCCUCUACUCCAACUGCCUCGUCAAACGACACAGAUCCCAAUCCUCUGUUGCCGCUCAAGCGCAAACGUUCCGAUUCCGACGUGACCGAUGCGCCCGCGACGAAAGUCUGCGUAGAAUCGGUUCCUACGCGCCCGACCCUAAUCGCUGAAUCGGCUCUUCCCCCCUCUACUCAAACCGCCUCGUCAAGCUCACCGGUCGCGUCUGCGAAACCGGCGCAGGACGCCGCCGCCAGACCUAGUGUGGCCCGACUUCGGGAUACCAUCACCGCACAACUGAGCUUGGAGGUAUUGCUCAAGCACAACGAACUUCGUCUCAUCGAUCAGGAAAUCGCCAAGUGUCAAGUCGCUCUGGAGCAGCUGCGACGCUGCGCCGAAAUUCCUUAUCCCGGAUCUCGUGUUACAGGUGUCUCGUCGAAUGUGAGCUCCGGAACUGGCGCGUCAGUGCUGGCACCUGGAAAUGGUCCUGCGCCGAUAUCGCCUGCCCCGUGGGGAGUAACGGAGGGCCCCUACGCCCGUCACUACGCACGGUGGUUGAUUCCCGACCCUCGCUUUGACGGCGGUGACACCGACUCCGGCAUCCUAGCAAAUUCGACGGUUGAAGGUCGGUCGACACGCGGGAACCCUGGUGAGGCUGGUAUGCUAGGUGGCAAAUCCCGUCCCCAGCGAGGCUCAACGGGCGCGAAGCAUACUGCACUGUCGGCUGGUUACCCUGUGGUCAAGGAGAAGUCCGGGCCCAUGCUCAUCCGGCGUAAGUCGGAUGGUGUUCUAGUCAAGCUGGUCUGUCUAGACUGCCGGCGCGAUAACUUCUCCAGCACCCAGGGAUUUAUCAACCACUGUCGCAUUGCACACAACCGCAACUUUGCUAGUCACGACGCUGCUGCCAUGGCAUGUGGUCAAUCGGUUCAGGUGGACGACGCCGGGACUGUGGUUGGUGGCUCUGCUGAGCCCACUACCAAUCCAACAAUCCCGGGCUACGUCCAUCCUCUGAUCCGCUCUACCCACGUUGCUACGACCCCUUGGAAACGUCUUCGGAAGCCUAAGGACGCUAGCACCCCCGGUAAACCAGCUGCAGCUACCACGUCCGUUACCUCGCCUCCCUUGGCUACUGAACCGACCGACCGACCACGAACCGAGCACAUCCAACAGCCUGCCAACCCACAGUUUUUGGGUUCCCCUGCUACUCCGCAUCUGUCCGCUCUCAUGCAAUCACGUGGCGCUGGUCUAAACAUGGAGAAGCUGGUAGAAGAAUCCCGAAAGCCUAUGAAUCUCGGUAUUUCAGAGGAUUCUGAAACGGAUGACGUUCGAGGACCGCCGGCGAGAGCCAGCCAUGCCUCACUUGGUGCUCGCGCCGGUCGCCAGCCCAUGCGCAUGCCUGUUGAUCAGACCGACGGCGCGUCCGAUAGUCGAAAGGCCCUCGACCGCGGACAGAGCCCACCCUUCGAGCAGGCCACCCCGUCCCGCCCGCAGUCCUUUUUGGACAUUUCGCUGGCGGGCAAGUCUCAAUCACUACACUCUCGGGAAUCCGACAGCCUAGAUCAUCAAACUCUUAGCCCUCACGCCGUCGAAUCCAAUCAAGCCCCCAGCUUGGUCAGUGAUGACGAAGAUGACUACGAGGCCGCUUCUGACUCCGACACUUCUACGUCAUCUGAAGCAGAUGAGCAGGAACAGGAGUUCCGCCAUAUCCAGGUCGAGGACGACGAGCGCGCCGCUGCCCCAUCAGCUGCCGCCGAAGCCAAACCUGGCCCUUCGCUGGCGAGUCCUGCGCCUCAAUCUGGGCCACCCUUGUCCCAGCCAUUGAAGCGCGGCCGCUCUAACAAAAUCUCGUCCAUGGUCCCAUUCAGUGACAACGACGACCAGCACGUGGGCUUUUUCCGUUCUACUUCCGCAGAGAAUGCCGCCAAAGCCAAGCGUGCUGCCGAGCGCAAGCCCAAUUCCUCUAAGCGUUGA